CAGCGUGAGUAAAGUACUGCAGAGUGCCAGUAAACUAAACUUUUUGCUGGUUCAUACCGACUACAGCAGUUACAGAAUCUGCACAAUUGGGCAACAACUUGGACUCGAUUGAAUCUUUCAGCUCUUCUGUAAUACCAUCUCGCAAGUUGCACUCGGUUUUAAGAAUCAUCAGUCAGACUAAACACCGCAUGCCGUUUACAUGGACUCGUUUAAAUACAACAUUAGCAUCUAGUUUAUCUGAAAUAGCGUCCACAGCGCAAUGCCCGAGGGUCCUGAGCUGCACCUGGCCAGUGUGUUUGUGAACACAGCAUGUGCAGGUGUGAUUUUCACCGGCGCUGUGGAGAAGUCUGAGGUGAGUAAUGGAGCCGAGGUGCUGUUUUCCAGCGAUGCUUACCGAAUCAGCGCCACGUCCAGAGGAAAAGAAGUGCGACUCACACUCGCUCCGAUCAAGACUGGCACCCGGAGUGAAGGCAGAGCAGGCCUGAACCAACAGGCACCUAUGGAUGUGGUCUUCCGGUUUGGGAUGUCAGGCUAUUUCAGCUUCACCGCCACAUCAGAGCGCCCAAAACAUGCCCAUCUGCGAUUUUACACCAACGAGGAUCCUCAGAGAAUGCUGAGCUUCGUUGAUACCCGCAGGUUUGGCAGCUGGCAGCCUAAUGGGAGCUGGCAGAAAGACCGAGGACCCUGCGUCAUGCUUGAGUAUAAGAGCUUCAGGGAGAAUGUUUUGUCCAAUUUGUCAGACAAGGCAUUCAACAGGCCAAUCUGUGAGGCUCUCUUAAAUCAGAAAUACUUCAACGGGAUUGGCAACUACCUCCGAGCAGAGAUUCUGUACAGAUCCAAUAUCCCUCCAUUCGUGAAGGCAAGGACUGUGUUAGAGGGACUCAAAGCAAAACAUGAAGAGACCGUGAACGUUAAAGCAGAACCCAGCCCAGAGGUGGCAGAGAAACCUGGUGUGGAUGAGAAGAAAAUUGAGAGUCCAGACCUCCUCUCUCUCUGUCACACUGUACCACUUGAAGUGGUUAAUCUGGGUGGAAAAGGUUAUGACCCAGAGAAGCACGAUUACACACAAUUUGCUUCCUGGCUGCAGUGUUACAACGUUGAUGGGAUGAAAUCAGUGAGAGACCACAAUGGAAGAACUAUGUGGUUUAAAGGUGAUGCUGGUCCAAUGGCCCCUAAAGCUUCCAAAUCUCCCAGGGCAAAGAGAAAAAUAAAGAAAGAUGACCAUACAGAUACAAAGAAGGAAAAGAUUGUAAAGAAGGAUCCAGGGGCUGGCAAAAGGGAGAAGGAUGUGCCUAAGAAACAGAGCGGCACUAGACGACAGAAUUCCAGCAAGACUGGACUGGAAGCAGAAGCAGCUGAUGAUGGCAGAAGACAAAAGGCAUGCAGAAAGAACAGUUCAGCAGGUCUACGGCAAACCAGAGCUACAAGUACAAGAGGAGCAAGUGUACGGAACGCUAACACUAAAGCUAAGGCCACCAGCAAACCUCUUAGGAAAAGCAGUAGAAUUACUUAAGUGCAGUUUGUUAAAAAAAAAGGAUGACUAAUAGAUUAAGAGGCAGCUGUCUGUAUGUAUGUAAAUACUAAACUGCAGAGGGGCAGUUCAUAAACAAAUCUAGCCAUGUACAUCUGGUUCACAUCAGCUAUUACUUGGGAUGAUAAUUACCAUUUUAUUUUUUUAACACGUUUGUGUUUUUCAUUAAAGGAAAAAUAAAUACAUUUUUAAAGCCUUUUUCUUGGCAUGACUGUUAUUGACCAUAAUUGUUCUAAGAUGGCAUGAUACAUAAACUGAAGACCCCAUGUUGACAUUCUUAAUUCAUUCUUCAUUUUUCUAACCUCAGUUAGAAGAUCUAUGAAAGAAAUAGGCAUAUGUGAGCUGAGAAGUGUGGGUCAAUUGAAUAGGCACUUGUAGCACACAACAUAUAUAUUUGUCUAAUAUCAGCUGUAAGACAAAUCUAGGUUCACAGUAACUUAGUUUUACAGGAACUGCUUAACCAAACAAAUGUCCUCACCUUUAAUAAAGCACUCAAAUUAUAGUCCCAUUGUGAAGGCAAGGACUGUUAGAGGGACUCAAACCAAAACAUGAAGAGACAAUGAACGUUAAAGCCGAGCCAAGCCCAGAGGCGACAGAGGUGCAAGCUCUUAAAUACAAAUACAUUGUAGGGAAAUCAUAAUGCUACACUAUAUGGCCAAAUGUAUACAUCCCUUUCCAAAACCAUGGAGCUGCUUCACCUUUACCAGUCUCCACUCUCAUGGGAAGUCUUUCCACUAGAUUUUGGCUGUGGGGAUUUGUGUUCAUUCAGCCAUGUGCAUUAGGUCAGGCAUUGAUGUUUGGUGAGGAGGCCUGACUUGCAGUCUGCGUUCCAGUUCAUCCCAAAGGUGUUCAGUGGGGUUGAGGUUAGGUCUGUGUGCAGGACACUCAAGUUCUUCCACACCAACAUUGGCAAACUGUGUAUUUAUGAACCUUGCUUUGUGCACAGGGCCAUUAUCAUGUUGGA